AUGUCAGCUCGGAGGGAAGAAAUGGCUGGAGAGCGGGAGAGCGAGGAGGUUUCCCCGGAGGAGGAGGACUUUGAGGAGGCAGUGAGGGAGGCUGCCUCGGUCCCUGCUGCCAGAGGGAAAUCCGGACUGCCCGAGCCACGCAUAAUCCCCAAUAUCCCGGAGGUGGUGGACGACUUCCUGAGGAACUUCCUCCGAAGAACUAACUUGAGCCGGACUCUGAGCAGCUUUGAGGCCGAGUGGUACAGCUCCGCACGAAAGCCCCCAACAGCAACCCUGACGCCGGGGACGCCACCGACAGGCACUCUCUUCAUCCCUGACGCUCUCGCGCACGGGCGGCUCCUCCAGAGCGAGCUGGAGAGGGUCCGCGCGGAGACCGACCUGCUCAGACAGGAGGUGCUGGCGGCGGGGGAGAGCCUGGCGAGGAUGCAGCGGGAGAGGGAUUUCCACCGGCUGCAGUACCGGCAAGUUUCGGAGGACAAAAGAAGGUUGCUCGAGGACUUCAAGCAGCUGAAGAAACACCUGGAGUCCUAUGAGCCAGCGCUGCGACAGCUGGACGACAAAUAUCAAGCAGCUCUGAGGCAGAAAACGCUCAUCGGUUUAGAAAAGGACCGAGUUCAGAACGCCUCAGAUGCGAGACUCGAUCGGGAAAAAGCCCAGAUCAAGAAAGUGAGAAGCAUCAAAAGAUGUGACAACACCGAUAAACCUCCAGCAAAGAGCCCCAAGACCAGACAUCCGAAGGAGUCGGAGUUUCCCAUCUGCAGCGGGCACGUGGACCCUCACCUGGCUCAGGCCCGAUCUGGGAAAUGGAACAACCCCCGUUCCUUCAACCUGUCCUGCUCCCUCAGAGCCCACAAGCUCCCCAUCAGCUGCAUCAGUCUCCAUCCACGAGAGGCGAUCCUGGCCUCUGCCAGCGACGACCGCAGCUGGAGGCUGUGGGCGCUGCCAGCCGACGGAGAGAAGGUUGGUCGGAUGGUGCGGACAGGUGAGGGUCACUCCGAUUGGCUGUCUGGCUGCAGCUUUCACCCUGACGGAUCAAAACUGGCAACUACCAGUGGAGACAGGACGGUGCGGCUCUGGGAUUUCUCUCAGGGCUGCUGCGUCUUGACACUGUCCGGUCACAGCCAGCCCACCUGGGGUUGCUCCUUCCACUCCUGCGGUCACUUCCUGGCCUCCUGCUCCGCUGACAAAACCGCCAAGCUGUGGGACCUGAACAGCCGGCGCUGUCGCCUCACGCUGCAUCGCCACACCGCCUCCAUCAACAGCGUCUGCUUCCGGGCCUUCUCCGACCUCCUCCUCACCUGUUCGGCCGACAAAACCCUCGCCCUGUGGGACGCCAGAUCGGGCGUCUGCACCAGCACCCUGCAUGGACACCUGCAUCCCUGCAACCACGCCGCCUUCAGCCCGGCUGGCGACGCCGUGGCCUCCUGCGACUCCCGCGGUGUUGUCAACCUGUGGGACAUCAGGAGGCCCGCGUCGGCGGUGGCCGCUGUGGACGCGGGGCCGCUGGGCGCCAACCAGGCGAUGUUCAGCCCGUCAGGCAAGACGCUGGCCGUCGCCAGCAGCGACGGCCUGCUCAGGCUGGUGGAGGUGGACUCCUGUGCUGUGAGCAGCCUGUCAGGACACGGCGACGGUGUCCUGAGCGUGACCUUUGACCACAGGGGCGAGACUGUGAUGUCAGCGGGGAGCGACGGGCUGAUCAACGUGUGGUCAGCACGUGACGUGACCGCGGAAAUGAAAAAAAAAAACUGAAGUGCGACCAGCGGGAGAAGUUUCAGGUGAGGAUCAGGUUCUCCUGCGGUCCCUUGGCAUGUGAAAUCAGUUGUGUGUGUCGUCUGACCCAGGUGAUGUCAGACUGGGUUUGGAGUAUAGACUUGGAGACUUCAAAUUUCUAAUAGAAAACACUGUUACAAUGUGAAGGUUCAAAGACGCACAUACGAUGACCAUUCUUUUUUUAAUCUGUCUCUCAAAGUCUCCCACUUUUAUGAAAACUACACUAAAUUCCCAGGGCAUACGUGUCCUCUAUGGCCUCCCACUAAUUUGACAAGAAUUUAACCACUUUUCCAUGUGCUAUGAAAAAUCCAGACAUGCACCUGUUUAAAAGAAAUCUUCUAACUUUGUUUUGGAAUGUUUCAGACAAGAGAGAAGUUUUGAAAAGACAGAAAACCACUUUUUUAAAUUCCAAUUCCCGCUAAUAUCCACGACAUCCUCAUUAACAUUAUAUAUAAACUCUCACCAUGAAGGUGGCAAACCCGGAUCAAUUUUGCUGUUUAAGGGACAACCCAGCGGUUAGCAGCUGGAGACAUGCCUGUUGCGUGGAAAUAGAGACACUGAUAAGAAUUAAAAACUCAUCUCUUACAAAAUAAGUAUCUUUCACGCUGUGGUUGCUUGUGUGCCUAAAACCUCGAAACAAAAAGUGAAUAAAAUACUUAUGGGUC